AUGCUUUUAAGUUUCCAUUGGGCUGAGACACGGUGCAGAAGAAUAAAGAAUCCAAUUGAAUAUGUGUCCUUGGAGGAGUCACUAGAUCUGCCAAACAUUGAAGAAGUGGAUGUUCUUCCUACUUUUACUGCAGCAGAGCAUGAAGAGUGCAUUAAACUAGAAGAAAUUGGUGCUGAAAUAUUGAAUAAAAUAUAUGCAGCAGAUACUUCUCUAAAGGUAAGCAUUAAGUGCAAGGGAAUAGCAAGAGAAGAAUAUAGAUUUUAA